AUGAAAGCUUUUGUUGUUAGAGACUAUCUCGAAAAACAGCUGACUCGCAAUGAGCAACCUCUCGAGCCUUUUGAGGGUCUACCACGUGCUCUCAAUGUCCCUUUUACUGGAGUUGAAAUACAUGCAGCCACCUCUAGCUUGAAAAAUGGGAGGGCAAAUGGUCCCGAUGGAAUACCCAACGAGCUAAUUAAGUACUCUAAUAGUACAGUCCAUGAAAAUUAUGCUGGAAUCAUCAACAGUUGUUUCGAGACACAUACUUUCCCCAUUUCCAUUGGAGAGGCUACUAUAACACCCUUACAGAAGCCAAAAAAACCUAUUGGUCCUCUGAAGAAUUUACGUCCACUCACCUUGUCCAAUGCAGCCAGAAAAAUUCUGUCUAUGGCUACUCUUAAAAGGAUAGAAGAAAAAGUGAACGCCUUCACUGGUCCAUGGCAGUGUGCAUAUAAACGCGCUCGUUCUUGUGCUGAUAUUGUUUGGUGUCAGCGAGUUGUCCAAAGGAAGAAAUGGGAGUAUCAUCGCAUGGGCAUUGAUAUGUCUAGUGCGUUUGACACGAUCAAACGCACUACGAUUCUUGAACUCCUGAAACUGUGUGGCUGUACUGAGGAUGAGCUGAGGAUUGUCCGGUUGUUGUUGUCCAACACAAAGCUACGGGUGAAGGUAAAUGGAGUUCUUUCAGCUGAGUUUUUAAGUCUCCUUGGAGCUUUCCAAGGUGACUGUCUAUCCGGCUGUCUGUUCACCCUAGUCUUGGCUGGUGCUUUGAAUGAACUUAGAUGGACUAUAACAAUCAGUUUAGAUAGGCCGAUCCCCCCGAUUACUAUUGCUGGCCUUCCACUUGACACUGAAUAUGCUGAUGAUGUUGACUUCAAUGAUGAAGAGGAAGACAACUUGAGAGGUAUUUUGCCCCAGGCAACAGCUAUACUCGAGAAAUGGAACCUCUUUGUCAAUGAAGACAAAACGGACUUCACUCAUGUUUAUUUAGCUAGUACGGGUGAAGUCGACAGUGAUGGAAAAUUAGUGUCGGGGAAUGAAGCAUGGAGGAAAAGUAUCACUCUAGGGUCCGUCUUCUGUAGCAAAGCUGAUAUUCAGCGUCGCAUAAACCUGGGAUAUGCUGCCUUUAACAAUUACAAGAAGGCCUGGAGUGAUAAACUGCCCCUAAACAAACGUCUAAUACUGUAUAAUGCUUUAGUCGUAUCGGUUCUUAUGUACAACUCAUCCUGUUGGGCCGUCCCCAAAAUAUUCCUUGAAAAACUAGAUGUUGUUCACCGCAGACAUCUUCGCACUAUUUUGAAUAUAAGGUACCCAGGAGUCAUCUCCAACAAAAACUUGUAUAAAGCUGCAAUGGUGAACCAUUGUCAGAAAAAGUGGCCCGUAGUCGGUGGAGAAUGUUAG